CACAACAUUACACACACACACUUGGGAGUUAAAGAAAAAGAGAAGAAGAGAAAACUCUUUUUUUUUGGGUGUGUCAAGUAUCUGUUCUUCCUUUUCUCGUGCUUCUAUCACGAGAUCUGUCACAAGACUCUCGGGACUAAAAAGAAAGUAAAGAGAAAGAAAGAAGAAGUGUAGAUUCCAUAAAUGGACAUGAAAAGCAACAACCACCAGCAACAGCAACAAGUACUUGAUGGCUCGGACAUAGUUGAGCUGGUGGAAAACGAGAGAGUGUUCGACAAGUUUGUGGAACAAAAGUUUCAACAGUUAGACCAGGACGAAGAUGGUAAGCUCUCCGUGACUGAGUUACAACCCGCCGUUGCUGAUAUCGGCGCUGCUCUUGGUUUGCCUGCUCAGGGCACUUCCCCUGAUUCCGAUCACAUCUACUCCGAGGUCUUAAACGAAUUCACUCAUGGAAGUCAAGAGAAAGUGAGCAAAACCGAGUUCAAAGAAGUGUUGUCGGACAUUUUGUUGGGUAUGGCUGCUGGUCUGAAACGUGAUCCUAUCGUCAUCCUCAGGAUGGACGGUGAGGAUCUCUCUGAGUUUGUUCACGGUCCUGGAUACGAAACCGAGAUAGUCUCUAUCUACUCAGAGCUCUCUACUUGCGAUGACGCAUCGCUCCGUGACUGUAUUGUCAAAGCUCUCCAGUCUCUUUCUGUUGAUCAUGGAAUGCCUCCCAACGAUCCUUGGGUACUGAGCAACAUAGUAGAACCAAUAGUCGACUCUUGUCUUGAUGAAGAAGAUAAGAGGGAGAAGACUGCGUCUCAGGAGAGAUUCUUGGAAGCAUUUAAGAGAGUCGUGGAGAAAGUGGCUCAACGUCUCAAUGAACAGCCCGUGAUUGUGGCUCACAGCGAAAACACUUUCGAUGGGAGCGGCGUCAGGAGGCUCUUGUCCAAUAAAUUCGAGUUCGAUAAGGCACUAAACGUUGCUAUGGAGACAAUUCCAAAAGACCGUCACGGUAAGGUGUCUAAAGAGUAUCUGCGAGCUGUGCUGGAUACAGUUGCACCAUCGGCUACAUUACCACCAAUAGGCGCUGUGUCCCAGAUGGACAAUAUGAUAAUGGAAGCGUUGAAGAUGGUGAAUGGGGAUGAUGGAAAGAUGGUGAAGGAAGAAGAGUUUAAGAAAACAAUGGCGGAGAUAUUGGGAAGUAUAAUGUUGCAGCUAGAGGGUAAUCCGAUAUCGGUUUCAUCAAACUCGGUGGUUCACGAGCCGCUCACCUCGGCUACCUUACUGCCGGCACAAACAGAGGAGGAGCCUUCAAAUUAAUCAUAGUGGAGUGUUUACACGGGAAAGAAAAUGAUGGUUUAAGAGUGUUUACUUUACUUUACCCCCUCCAAGUUUUAGAUAAACGAGGAAAACCUUAUUUGCUAUCGGAUAUAUAAGAAAAGCCACCCCAUUCGCUCUCUAAAUGGGGGCUUUCUUGUGAACAGAUUGAAAGUUUGGGGUUUCCUCUUGUGGUGGGUGUGGUGAUCUAUAUGCUCAUGCCUUUUCUUUUUCUUUUUAAUUAUCUUAUGGAAUGCAUAAUGUUUUUUACUCUGCGUUUUAUUUAUUUCGUAUAAAAUAAUCUAUGUUAAUGAUA